AUGGCGAGCACCGGGGGCACGCCGUUCCUGCUGUCGCCCGCGACGGGGCACGCGGCUACCGCGGUAUUCGACGUCGAGGCCGUGGGCGCGGGCGCCGGCACCGGCGCCCAGCACCAGGCCGCCAAGUCAACGCCCGCUCCCGACGCCGGCGCCGCCUUCGUUCUCGAGUCCAAAGGGACGUGGUGGCACGCCGGGUUCCACCUGACGACGGCCAUCGUGGGGCCGACGGUGCUCACGCUGCCGUACGCGCUCCGGGGCAUGGGCUGGGGGCUCGGCCUCGCCGCGCUCACCGCCGUCUUCGCCGUCACCUUCUACGCCUACUACCUCGUGUCCAGGGUGCUCGACCACUGCGAGGCCGCCGGCCGCCGCCACAUCCGCUUCCGCGAGCUCGCCGCCGCCGUCCUCGGAUCGGGAUGGGUGUUCUACGUGGUGGUGAGCGUGCAGACCGCCAUCAACACCGGCGUCACCACAGGGAGCAUCUUGCUUGCCGCCGACUGCCUCAAGAUAAUGUACUCUGACCUGGCACCGCACGGCCCUCUGAAGCUGUACCAUUUCAUCAUCAUCGUGGCCGUGGUGCUGGCCUUCCUCUCGCAGCUGCCGUCGUUCCACUCGCUGCGGCACAUCAACCUCGGCUCCCUCAUCCUCAGCUUCGCCUACACCAUCCUCGUCUCGGCUGCCUGCAUCCGAGCAGGCGCAUCGAGCGACCCUCCAGCGAAGCACUACUCGCUGAGCUCGUCCAAGUCGGAGAAGACCUUCAACGCGUUCCUCUCCAUUUCCAUCCUCGCCUCAGUCUACGGCAACGGCAUCCUGCCAGAAAUCCAGGCCACGCUGGCGCCGCCGGCCGCCGGGAAGAUGACCAAGGCCCUGGUGCUGUGCUACGCGGUGGUGUUCUUCACCUUCUACCUCCCGGCCAUCACCGGCUACUGGGCGUUCGGCAACCAGGUGCAGUCCAACGUUCUGCAGAGCCUGAUGCCGGACGAGGGCCCCUCCCUUGCGCCGACGUGGCUGCUGGGCCUCACCGUCGUCCUCGUCCUCCUCCAGCUCCUCGCCAUCGCGCUGGUGUACUCGCAGGUGGCGUACGAGAUCAUGGAGAAGAACUCGGCGGACGUAGCGCACGGCCGGUUCUCGCGGCGAAACCUGGCGCCCCGGGUCGCGCUGCGGACGGCGUACGUCGCGGUGUGCGCGCUCGUGGCCGCGGCGCUGCCCUUCUUCGGCGACAUCGUCGGCGUGGUGGGCGCCGUGGGAUUCAUCCCGCUCGACUUCAUCCUCCCCGUCGUCAUGUACAACACGGCGCUGGCGCCGCCCAGGCGCUCGCCCGUGUACCUGGCCAACGUCGCCAUCAUGGUCGUCUUCACCGGCGUCGGCGUCAUCGGCGCCGUGGCGUCCGUGCGGAAGCUCGCGCUCGAUGCUGGCAAGUUCAAGCUCUUCAGUGACAACGUCGUGGACUGA